AUGGCUGUGAACCCUUUAUUGACAGCAUCAGGGCAGCAGAGGAUCCCACUGGUUCCUUCACCAUUUGAACCUCCAAGUGUGGAUAGAGAUUUAUUGCCUCCCACUGUAGCUCCAACUGACCCAAGGCAGUUUUGUAUUCCUUCCCAAUUUGGAUCCUCUGCUGUACCAAAUGCAAAUGUGCCGAACAUGCUGUCCAGUCACGUCUACUCAGGUUGGGGCAUUUUGCCACCAGAAUCCAUAAAGGCAAUGGCUAGAAGGAAUGAAAUGAUUCAAAGGCAGCAUACUGCCAGGAUGGAAAUGGAAAUGCAUGCCAUUUACCAGCAAAGGAGAAUAGAGAAAGUUAAUUCCAAGAGACUAGUAGGCCUAGGGAUGCCAUUCCUCUAUGGCCCCAGUACCCCAGCUGGCCCAGCCACCUACCACGGCAGGGGCGUGCUCCCUGCCGGGGACCUGCAUUUUCACAGGAGCACCCUGAGAAACCUUCAGGGAAACCCCAUGGUAGUGGCAACUAGUCCACGCUUUCUAGAGAGCUGGGGGCAGAAAUGUCGUCGUCUCAAGAGAGGUACAGGGAGCCAGAAGGUUCUAGACAGUGAUACCGAGAAUUCCAAAAGUCAAGUAGAAGAAAAACCCGUAGGCCAGACUCACACAGUUCCCUAUGAAGAGGACGACUAUGCAAAAGACCCAGAAACGGACCCUCUCAGCAAUCAGAAGUUGGGUGAAGCCAUUGAAAAGCCAGCUACAGCUCUUGCCAACACCUGUGGAGAGCUGGAGCCCGGCCACGGAAAGCCCUGGGGAGCUCAUGGCACUCCCCUGGAAGAAAAGGCCUGGGCUGAUGGGAAAGAGAAGCCUUCAGAGCAAGUGUUUGCAGCCUGUGUUGAAAAGAAUGGGGUUUCCCCUCCAGCUCCUCGACCAUCUCUCCCAGGAACACAUGUGCUGCUUACAAUCAAGGAAGAUCUAUCUUUGGAUGAAGAUAUUCAGAAAUGGACCGUGAAUGAUGUAUACAACUUCAUCAGUGGCCUUCCAGGUUGCUCAGACUAUGCUCAGGUAUUUAAAGAUCAUGCAAUUGAUGGAGAAACUUUGCCAUUACUCACAGAGGAGCAUCUUCGAAGCACUAUGGGAUUAAAGUUAGGGCCAGCACUAAAGAUCCAAUCACAGGUAUCUCAGCAUAUGGAAAGUAUGUUCUAUAAGAAAAGCCUUUCACUUCCUACCCACACAAAACAGGCAUUCAAUCAACCAGCAGAUAUAUCCCCACUUCUGGAUCUUAAUUCCUGGAAUGAUACAUUGGACAUUCCUUGUUCCCAGGAUAUGAUUAUUCCUAAAGGAACUGAGCAAGAUAGUAUGAGAAAUUAA